AUGGAACAUGAUGUUGUGCGCAGAUAUUCGGAUAAUCGCGUUAAAAUCUCUGGAUGGGCCGAAAAAAUUCAACAAUAUCCGUACGAUUGUCCCUGGUGCACUGUAGGGCGAGCCGCUUAUCGAACGUUCGGAUACACCACCAAACACUUCAUACCACGCACCAGUACACAGGCGAUGAGUGAUACCGUCUGGGGUCACUUUCAGCACCGCCAGUUGGCCCAGAAGCGUGCGAAGAAAACCCACUGCUCUGAGGUUAAAGUGUGCCCGUACAUUACCAGCUACCAGCAUGACUAUUUCGAUCGGUUUCCAGCUUUCCGCAAGUUGAUGAUGAUAAAUGCGCUGCACAGUGGAGCGAGCAAACGCAACCCCAGUCCGAUUCGGGAGUACGCUUCGCACAAUACCGCCUAA